AAGAACUGACGAGGAGCUUCGACGAAAUAUUGGCUCUUAAUAUUAUUUCCCAACGAAAAAGCGCACAGAGAAUAUACAAAUGGAAGCUGAUCAUCCAACUAUCGGAGAAUACACGCUGACGUGUAAGCUCGGUGGCGGCUCAUCGUCGACGGUAUGGAAGGCCGAGCACCGGACCACCGGAAAAGUGGUGGCGCUGAAGCAAAUCGACCUCCUCAAGCUCACUCGCCAACUCAAGAAUUGCUUGGACUGUGAACUCAGCUUCUUAUCUUCUGUUGAACACCCAAAUAUCAUUCGCCUUUUCGAUGUAUUUCAGUUUUGUGCUGGAGGGGAUCUGGCUGCUUAUAUUCGGGAUCAUGGCAGAGUUCAAGAAUGCGUAGUUAGAAAAUUUAUGAAACAGAUUGUAGGAGCUGGCCUAGAGGUACUGAGCAUGCACCAUAUAAUCCACCGUGACUUGAAGCCAGAGAACAUUCUUUUAUCUACCAUGGAGACUGACCCGAUUGUUAAGAUUGCUGAUUUUGGUCUCUCAAGAAUGUUAAAUCCGAAUGACCUUGCAGAAACAGUUUGUGGGUCCCCUUUUUACAUGGCUCCAGAAAUUCUAGAAUUUAAAAAGUAUGAUGAUAAGGUUGAUAUGUGGAGUCUCGGUGCAAUUUUUUUUGAACUACUUAAUGGUUACCCUCCCUUUCGUGGUAGAACUAGUGUUCAGAUACUGCGGAAUAUCAAGGCAUCUCUACGUCUUCCUUUCUUUGAGCCGAUUCUUCCUCAGUUGCACCCGGGUUGUGUUGACUUGUGCUCAAGACUAUUGUCUAUCGAUCCAGAGAAACGGAUCUCUUUUAAAGAGUUUUGUGGACACGACUUUUUGAAGAUAGACGAAGGGGGAGAUAAGAGGUUCUGUUAGAGGUCAAAAACAUCCGGAUAUCCCACUGAGCAGAAGUGCCCACCAGUUUAAUCAUCAAUGUACAAAUGUGGAUUCUGUUUUUCAGUUAUCACCUAAGUGGGAUCAGCUCUUUUUUUCCUGCUGAUUUACUCUAGGCUAGUCACCCGUCGAUCAGUUCCGAAUUCAUGUAAAGGUGUCAUUAGAAAUCAUCAUCAUCCCUUACGCUUCAUAUGUCUGUAAAUUGUCAUAUAUACAACCUGAUAACAAUUGUACAUCCUAGUUCUCUUUUCACUGAUGAUUCAGUCAACUUUUACCCUUCUGAUAACUAGCUUCAGUAGCAUUGACUCCUAAACUACUUGCACUCUCCUGCUUCAAGCCUUUCAUAUUUGGCCAUCAGAAUUGAAGGACAAAUGAAUGGUUUUCUCCAAAUUCUUCAAAUUGAUCAUAUCGAGCUGGGGGGAUUUCUUCAGAACAACUAGUGUCGGUGUCAUUUGUCUCCAUAACCAUCUAGUUAGGUGAAUUGUAUGUAUCUCUUCAAUAAUACCCGGGUUAACUGCCAACAUUUUCCUAUCAACAGUCACCCAAUUGUCUCCUAUCUCUUUCUUGUACUCAAUCUGCGCGUUUAUGAGAUACUCUUUCCAAGUACAUUUGAUAAGUAGUCUCCAAUGAAAGUAUGAAACUUUCUAAAUCUUCUAUCGCAUUGUCGUACUGUUAAACUCUUGGGCGAACAAGUCCAGAAAAUGUCAUCAAAGUAAGUGGGACAUGACAAAUCUGAUGAGUAGACAUUAUCAGAUAAUAUCAAAUUCUCGACUUCAGGUAUGGGAAGAUGAUCAACUCCACUUGCUGCUCGAAACAUUUAGUGAUAUGCUGGAUUAUGAAAGAUGGAAUACGCCAUAUAAAGUCUACAGACAAAUAAUUCAA